AAUGAUGCCAGUCUUCAUGGAAAGCUCUAUCUGACUGUUACUCUCAGAAUGAACAGAUCGUUUACCUGCCAAAGAGAUUGGCAAAGAUAGAUAUCUGUACCGUCACCAAGAUUUUGCUCCGCGAUGAACAGCACUAACAGCACAGCCCCAACAAUCGCUCCAACGACCGCUACCCCCACCGUCUCUCCAACAAAUCCGGGAGGAAGGAUUGAUGAUCUACGAUGGGCUUGUGGCCGUUCAGUGCCAGAUAAUCCAACCGGGGUACCCUUGUGCCUUCGUUUGAACGAAGGCGCCAACGUUUUUCUCAAUCCUCCCGAGCGCAGCCUGUGCCUAGAACCUGGCAGCAGCAACACAUGGUGCUACAAUCGCGUCAAAGGGGAUUCCGAUAUCUGCAGCUACUACCUUCGGAAUACAACUACUACCGGUAAUAUUUGGGAGAGCUUUUGGGAGGUUUCCGUAAGUGGCUAUCCCUUGGCUCAAGUCUCGUUGGACCCAUCGCAUGUCGAACCAUGUGCCCCGUCCGAAUGUAUGGUGGAAUUCUUCGAUCUGACAGGCAGUUCCUUGCCUGGAAUUGUUCCUUUCUCCUAUGCAUGCAUUCCUGACUUGUAUCCAACAAGUGCUCCUGGAGGUACUUCUAGUACGCAAGAAGGGGUUGGUCCGUUGAUGUUCCUGUUGAUCAUUCCAUUUGUGGUGGCAGUUGCUGUAAUGUCCACCUUUUGUUGCAAGAAACGUCCUCCCCCAGCCCCCGGUCAUAACCCCGAACAUCUUCCCCCAGGCCAUGCGAAUCAGCAUCAUCGACCACCAGCCCGUGCCCAUAAUAUUAUGACCAAUCAUCCUCACCCCCCUCCGCCGAGGCCCUCAGCGCCACCACCAGUGGCUCUGGCCAUUCCAGUGGCCACAGUUGGCACCUCCGUAGCAGAAGCGACACCGAUUACCCUCAGCACACGACAUCACCAUGCAUCCAUUCCCGUAGCUCAAGUAACGCCACUCGAUGAUGGAACAGCCUAACCAUGGCAGGUAGCAAUGACUCGAUCAAUCACGUCUGUGUGUGUGGCUUUCAAGAAACCCUUGGUCCUGUGGAGGAAACGCAGUGGACCCUCUGGGUAAGAGCGUUGCUCAAGGCACGGAGGAAACAAUCUAGCAUCCAACUUGCUUGCUCAAAGCAAUCAUGCUAUUUUGACCUGGUGCGCACUACCAUCUUCAGCAGUAAGGGUCGCUGAAGGAGAUGUAGAUGGAAGCAAAGCGGGCUCAUGCUACAACCGAGCUACUAGCUAGAUAUCAUACAUCUGCAAAGGUUUGUUACUGUGGUAUCUGUCAAAAGGACAACCAUGAAUACACCUGAACAGCUGCCUAAACAUAUUGUAGUUCCUGAACGCCCACAUGAGAGACAUGCAUACAUGUAGCUCGGAAUCAAAGGGACCGAGGUAGAGGACACCAUUUCGCCCUCUCAUGGAGGGUUUCGUACUAUUCGCCUUUCAAAAGUAGUGUUCUCGCAUCGCCAUACAAAGGCUCCCAGCAAUCAGGGGUAAGUCCUCCACCAAGAGCCUUUUUCAAUACUUGCAAGGUUUGAAGGCGGAAGACACACACCAUCUUUCGUUUCGGGCAUCAUUCAGAUUCCCGAUUUUC